AUGGCAGCGAACAGACGAUCGGAGCGAGGAUUGGCAACUUCUCUAGAUUCUUCAAAUGUACGAAGGCAAGAAUGCGUCCGGUUGUGGCGGAGCAACCAAGCCAAGAGAAAUAUGGCCGACCCUAACGCAACUAAAGAAGCGACCAAGAAGUGCCGUCGACCUGAUCCUUCUACGAACGUUCUUAGGGUGUUCCAUGCCAUGACUGCUGAGGAAGCGUCAACGGCUACGGCAAACCAAGAUAUCGUCAACAACCGCAAGCGCAAGCCAAUUGACGACCAUGAGGUCACAGGUGCGGGACAGAUCACGACACGUCAAUCAAUCCUCCCUGUCGCUCUCGUAACAAUCCUUUUCUUCAUGUGGGGAUUUGCGUACGGACUCUUGGAUGUCCUGAACUCACACUUUCAAAGUGUCUUGAAUAUCAGUCAGGGAAAAUCAGGUGGUUUGCAGGCAGCAUAUUUUGGAGCAUACUUCAUCGGACCCCUUACGUAUUCGGGAUGGAUUGUCCGCCGAUUUGGAUAUCAGUGGGCUUUUAUCUUCGGUCUCUGCGUGUAUGGCGUUGGUGCUUUGAUGUUCUGGCCAUCUGGGGUCAAGAGAUCGUUUGGUGGGUUCUGCGGCAGCAUGUUCAUCGUUGGAAGUGGCCUCUCCACACUCGAAACAGCAGCCAACCCGUUCAUAGCCACCUGCGGACCUCCAAGAUACUCCGAACUUCGUCUCACACUCGCCCAAGCCUUCCAAGCUAUCGGCACCGUCGUCGCUCCUGUACUUGCAUCCCAGGUCAUCUUCAAGAACGUGAAUGACAACUCUCUCACGUCGGUUCAAUGGGUCUACCUGGGGAUCGCCAUCUUUGUCUUCCUCCUCGCCGUCGUUUUCUUCUUCGUUCCUCUUCCGGAGGUCACCGAUGCAGACAUGGCAGAUCAAGCCCAACAGUCCGCGGGAGACACCGACUUCGAAGACAAGCCCCUCAGACAACAAUACACCCUUUUCUAUGGUGUCUUUGCUCAAUUCUGCUAUGUCGGUGCUCAGGUCGCAUAUGCCGGGUACUUCAUCAACUAUGUCACUUGGGUCAGACCUGGCACAUCGCAUGCCGCUGGCUCGAAUCUCCUAGCCGUGGCUCAAGGAUGCUUCGCCGUCGGGCGUUUCCUCGCCAGCGGUCUCCUCAAAUUUGUCAAGCCUCGCUUCGUGCUCAUGGCUUUCAUCUCCGGCGUCGUCUUGUUCGCAGCAUUAGCGAUCGGACUUCAAGGAAACGCGGGAAUUGCAUCUAUCUGUCUCGUUCUCUUCUUUGAGUCCUGUGUGUUUCCUUUAAUCUUCACUCUCUCCCUCCGUGGACUCGGUAGACACAGCAAGCGGGGAGCCAGCUUCAUUGUUGCGGCUGUCAGUGGAGGAGCACUGUUUCCGCCUGUGCUAGGAAGCGUCGCCGACGCGCUUGGGGGAAAUACGCAGCAUGCUUUCUUUAUUCCGUUGAUUGGAUUCGUGAUUGCGUUUACGUUCCCUGUUUACUUGAAUAUGUUUAAGGCGAAGAGCUUGGAUGGCUGGACGGAGAAGGUGAAGGUGGGGAUUGAGACAAAUAGAGAUGAGGAGAAUGGGUCGGGGGAUGAGUGGGACGAGAAGGAGCAUCAAGCUCAGGUUGAGAAAGAAUGAGGGUGUAAUGUACGUGGAGGUUCUUGCGUCGAAAGUGAUACGCGACUUACACGUUUUCAUAGAGGAUAGAAUACGUCCAUUCGACCACAAAUGCCACACCACCUGCUCAGCUGAGCAGACCGCACAAUAUUGACAACGAUGGAUGCUUGGAACUUGAUCGCAACAGUAUACUCAAUUGAAGGAACUCAAAAUCUGUAUGCAUUCAAACAUCAUACGGCGUGAACCAGCCCUUGGAGUUCAACGCCUCUACGGCACC